CAUGGCUUUCAGUCACUCUCUGUCUUGUUCCUCCGCCACUCAGGUCACUUGCGAAUCCCCUCAACGCCUCCUUCAAAUUUCUUCGACAACAGAAAAACUCUUGCUUAGGAGCGCAUCGACAUUUUGCCUCGUCACACCCCAUGCCGGCCUUCCUUCGACAAUUGCGGUACAACUGCGUUUCCGACUGGCUGCGAACCCGAAUACGCUGCAGACUCCACCCGCCUCCAGACAUCCAUUCUCCACCUCCAGUCGCAACUCCGAUGUCGUGACAACAAGUCAAAGCCGAACAACGGUAGCGGCUUCGGCGGACGAGGAUUCCAAAGUGAAGCUGUCGGGGCCAGCUGCUGAGGCUACAGACUCGAAGCCAACGGAGCCGACGACGUCGUCUCAGGCUCUUCCGGAAAGGAUGGUGCCGAAGUUGUCGCUGACGUUCACGUGUACGGUGCCCAAUUGUGGCGAGCGUUCAACGCAUCAGUUCUCCAAGCAGGCGUACGAGAAGGGCAUCGUAUUAGUUCAGUGCCCUGGGUGUAAGAAUCGACACCUGAUCGCGGACCACUUGGGAUGGUUCAAAGAGUCGACGAAAGACGGCAAGCUACGUACUAUAGAAGAUCUCAUGAAGGCGAAAGGCGAGAAGGUCAAGAGAGGGAGGCUUGGUGCAGAGGGAGACAUCGAAUUCGUCGAGUG